AUGUCGACACCGACGCCGGCGGCAAUGAAGCAUGCGGCCUCGCAGCAGGGCCGCACCCCUUCGGGCCAGCAGGGCCGGACGCCGUCACACUUUCCAGCCGCCACGCCGCCCGUCUCUACGCCCUUCUCCAACGCUGCGUACGCGGCCUUCUCCCCUCACGGCCAGCGAUCGUCGCCGCAGCACGUCAAAAAAUCACCUGCCACCAUGGGUAUGAUGGGGCAAUCGACAAUGACCUCGCUCAACUUCGACAGUCCCUCGACAGCGGUGGCCAUGGGCGCUCUCGUCAUGGGAAAUGGCUUUGACAUGGGCCUUGCAGGCGUCGCAGGCCUCGAUGGCGUCAAUUCUGCCUACGCCAACGAGGACGAGAAGCUGCGGCGACUAGAGUCAAUCAUCAAAAUGUUGAACGAAAAAAAGGGCAUGGUCAGCGAGGCAGGCCUGGAGCGACUCGCGCAACGACUUGGCAUGGAAAUCCUCGCCGAAGAACACUCUACACCCGGCGGGCGAAAAACGAAAACACUAGCUAUCGCUGGAUCUGCUAUUGCCCUUGAUAUUAUCCUGGACAACAACAUCGUCCAGAAUGCGACGCUUUCGUACCAUGGAAAUGCCGACUCCGUCACAAACCACAUCGAUGCCGCUAGUCAGAUACUGCUCAAAGACCUACAGCUUCUGCCAGGCCAAAGUCCUCUAACAAAGACGCUGGAGAGAUUUGCCAUCAAUUUUGAGCGUCUCGCUAAGCUGGACAAGCUUAGCAUCAUUCCCGGUCUGGAUUGCCACGAGGCGCUGUCGAGCAUGUAUUCUUGCUUGAUGCGUUUGCAUGAAUGGGACGUGGAGCAGCUGCGCCAAAGUUCCGCCCUGACUGGCAAGCCAGAUUCUCUGAUAGCAAGUGCUGCCAUGUGCACAAGGCAUGGAAAUCCAGUCAUGCAUGAGCGCGGCCAGGUUGGGCUCGCCCUGCAAUACUGGAAAGAGGCGAGAUUCGUCGCACCACCAGCCGGACAAGGGACCAGUGGCGACAGCAAAAUAUGGUCCAUGCUUCUCGGUUGCGCCGCCAUUGACGGCGUAGGACUACCGCCUGUCAGAGUGUCAGAGAAUUGGAUCUCCAAAGACAUUGUCAAGCAAGACGAGAUGACCGACUCGCCAAUUCCUGCCCUCGACUGGCAGGAGCCAGAUCACGUCUCGUUACCUGCAUCGGAGGAAAAUAAGGACGCAAGUAUGGAUAUGCUCCAGGCCGACCUCUCGACCACGAGAGUGCCGCGUGUCAUGUUCACAGCCACUUUUGACCCGCCCGUCAUUCUCCCACAGAGCGAAUGGGGGCGCAUGUACAAUAUUGCGGGUGUCGAGCCGCCCACCGACUUCCAUCGCCAGCCUCCUACCUUUGAUGUUCUUUUCUUUCCGGUAGCCCCGGGCUCGCGGCAGGACCCUAGCGAGGCCCGUACUAUUGACGCACCAAAGCAGCUUAUUCAUUUACAAGCCGAUAUACUCGCAAAAGAUAUCGGAGCUGCCAUUCGCACAUCCGCGCCAGCUUAUUGA